GGGGUGGGCUCGCGCUCUGCGGCCUGGCCUGAAGUCCUCGGCGCCGCCGGUGCUGCCUUCAGCACCACCUUCCUCACUCCCUACCUGUGGAGGGGAAGAUGGAGUCUGUCACCGUAGCGACUGACAGCGGGGACCGGCCGGGGGCUCCAGCGGGCUCAGGCCUGUCGGCUUCCCAGCGUCGGGCCGAGCUGCGGCGGAGGAAGCUGCUUAUGAACUCGGAACAGCGCAUCAACCGGAUCAUGGGCUUUCACAGGCCUGGGAGUGGCGCGGAAGAAGAAGGUCAAACAAAAUCAAAGCAGGACAGUGACAAACUGAACUCCCUCACCAUCCCUUCAGUUUCAAAGCGAGUCGUGCUGGGCGAUUCGGUUGGUACAGGAGCAACUGACCAGCAAAGUGAUGUGGCCGAGGUAAAGGGGACUCAACUGGGAGACAGAUUGGACUCUUUCAUUAAACCACCAGAGUGCAGUAAUGAUGUAAACCUUGAGCUCCGGCAGCGGAACAGAGGAGACCUGACAGCCGACACUGUCCAGAGGGGUUCUCGCCAUGGCCUUGAACAGUACCUUUCCAGAUUUGAAGAAGCAAUGAAGCUACGGAAACAGCUGAUUAGUGAAAAACCCAAUCAAGAAGAUGGAAAUACAGCAGAAGAAUUUGACUCUUUUAGAAUAUUUAGAUUGGUGGGAUGUGCUCUUCUUGCCUUUGGAGUCAGAGCUUUUGUUUGCAAGUACUUGUCCAUAUUUGCUCCGUUUCUUACUUUGCAACUUGCAUACAUGGGACUAUACAAAUAUUUUCCUAAGGGUGAAAAGAAGAUAAAGACAACAGUACUAACAGCUGCACUUCUUUUAUCUGGAAUUCCCGCUGAAGUGAUAAAUCGAUCGAUGGAUACCUAUAGCAAAAUGGGCGAAGUUUUCACAGAUCUCUGUGUCUACUUUUUCACGUUUAUCUUUUGUCAUGAACUCCUCAAUUACUGGGGCUCUGAAGUACCAUGAAGCUUGAAGAACACAGAAGGAGAAGCUUAUAAAAAAACAAGCAGCUUCUCAACUAUACUGCAGUGUCUCUGAAAGAGGCAAAUCAGUUUACACCUUUAUGUCCUUCUUUUACUUUAUAGGGUUGUAAAAUCUGGUUAGGAAUGGAAUGGCAGGUUCCCGGAUUUAAAAGUGUUGAGUAUUGUAUUAAUACUGAUGUGAAGAAUAGACUACUAUGGUCAUUAAUUGACUUUUCUUGUUUAAGUAGAAUCCCUAGUCUCUACCUUUCUCUAACUUCUGAGAUUUGUAAUUCCUCUUUUGGGAGCUGAGCUACUGCUUUAAAAGAGCAGAUGCACAUGGUCUCAGCCAACCCCAUGGGCUGUGACGUGUAUUUGUGUCAUUCUGUCCUGAGAAAUGGAGCCGUCUUAAAAAUAAAAUGGAAGAAACUAAAUUGUCUUAUGUUAAGUCUGCAUGUUUUAACUUAAAAGGGCUGAAUAAGGUAGCCAAUUUUAUCUUU